AUGUCUCUCCUCUUUCCAAGAAUCGCCUUUGCGCCUGCACGCUGCGGUCCCACCCGCCAGGACAUUGCCCCCCUUUUUUCUCUCUUCGACGACUCCUUUAGUGAACUCCAGAGAGCCAGCCGUGCAGCCCGGAAACAAUUCAACCCUCGCUUCGAUGUCAAGGAAUCAAAAGACUCCUAUUCCCUCGAAGGCGAACUCCCUGGCAUCGAGCAGAAGGACUUGAGCAUUGAAUUCACCGAUGAGCACACCUUGACCAUCAAGGGCCGCACCGAGCGCAAGACAGAAUCUGGUCCUCGUCCUCAAGCUGUUCAAGCUGAGAAGAAGGCUGCCAUCGAAGAAUCUCCUGCAUCUGAAACCAGUAGCGUCAAGUCCCAUCAACCCACCGUUGAAGAUGAGGAGCCCGCCAACUCAUCUGCCGCCGCCGCCGAUGAUAGCAACACAGAGGUUGCUCCGCCGACUCCUGCGCCAGCUGAGCAACAGCCGACCAAGGUCGAGGAACGGCAACCCGCACAACAGCAAUACUGGAUCACCGAACGCAGCGUGGGCGAGUUCACCCGCAGCUUCCGGUUCCCACAUCGUGUGAACCAGGAGGCGGUCAAGGCUUCAUUGAAGAAUGGCAUCCUCAGCAUUGUUGUUCCUAAGGCGACACCGGAAACCAGACGCAUUGCUGUUGAGUAA